AUGACGUCUGAACAAGAAAUAUUUUCGCUCUACGACAGCUAUCCGGAUUCUCUCCUGGAUAUUUGUAUGGAUUACUUAGUGGCCAAUCUGAACACAAUUACGACAUUGGAUCCCACCAGUCGCUGGCGUAAACUUAAAGAUGAUAUAACUUUACCUGCUGAUUUAUGCGAAAAAUUCAUCCAGACUUAUCAAAAGAAAAACCGAGUGAACGAUAACAUUGCAAACUUAUUUCGCGAUCCAUCCCGAACAAGACUCAACUGCGUGAAACUACGAAAUUCACGUAUCACAGAUGAAGGUCUACGGUGCUUCAUGGUCCAUAGGCCCUACAGUGUGGAAUUGGUGCAAUGUGAGUACUUGUCACAGGCAUCACUGGAUAUAAUUAAUGAAUACAGCGACCGUUUGGUGUCUCUAAAAUUUGGUCCACUUACAUACGAUCUUUCUCAAAAAGCACAAGAAGGGCACCUAAGUCAAAAAGGACAUAUAAUUGAUGCGCCCAACUUAAGGCAGCUGACUAUACAAUGUCGCAGGCUGCCUAUAUCUCCAUUACUUCUGGUAAAGCCACUAAAGAACUUGACACAUCUAGAUCUAUCUGAAUUUACAUCAACUGUGUCCACAUGUGCGUUACAUGAGCUGAAAAACUUAAGGUCACUUAGUUUGCACAAUGUUCUCUGUUCAAAGGAAAUCAUAGAUUGGAUUACAACUCUCCAGUCACUGAGACACUUGGAUUUAUCACAUUCAAGUGAGAUACUUGGAAAAUAUAAUAGUCCAAAUAAAGUAUUGUCUUCAAUUGUGACUAGUUUGCCCCAUCUUCAAUCGUUGGACAUAUCAGGCACUAAUUUAGAUGGGUCUGAAGCAGCAUCAGUUCAUGCUCGCUGUGAUAUACCAGGGCUUGUGAGUAGGGUUAACAACCCUUUAGAGUUCCUUGGCUUGUAUGAAACUUAUAAUGGAGCUUGCAGAAGACAUGAUAUACCUGCUAAAGUGGUAAGUUUUUAA